AUGGUUGUUUGUGUAGAAUGUGGCGCCAAGAUGGACUCUCUGUACAAUAUAUUUAACCACAGUACGAUACAGAUCAGGAAAUGCAGUAACUGUGGUUGUAUUGCAGAUAAGUAUCAGAAGUGGGAUUAUGUGUUGAUGUUUAUCAGUAUUGUGUUAUUGAAAAAAUCAGUAAUCCGUCACAUUUUAAGUAAUUACGAAGUACGCCAUACUAAUAACAACAAUAAGAGAGGGGAAUUGCACAAUUAUGCAAUUUUUAUUACCCUGUUUUUUCUCUGGUCCACUUUAGACGCGUACAAAUUGGCUAUCAUAUACAACUGUGCACAGGAAACAAUAGACUCUUCCAUUUCCGAUAAGUUUCUACACGCAAUAAAUCUCACCUAUUCUAAAAAUGAUAAUAAUGAGACAAUAUUACCGCCCAGUGAUAAUGAAUCUUUAACUAAUGCCCAAAUGUUGACUACUAAAGACCAAAUAUUUGGCGGUAAUAAUAACCUGUCCACCAGCACGAUCGAUCGCUUAAUUUACGUGUUCUACCAAAUAUCGUAUCAUAUGGCUAAGAAUUACAAGAUUAAUACUUUUGAUUGUGAAAUUUUAAAUUCGAACAAUUUAUUAUCCAAAAUAUAUCGCUUUCUAGUUCACUACAAUACUCAUUCAUUUGAACCGUUGGGUUUGCUUAAACGAACUUUUGUUUAUAACACUUUUACAGUCCUUUCGAUUGCUAUUAUAGUGACCAUUAUUAUUGGAAAUAAUUUCAAGUUUAAUAACAUUCUGAUAGUGUGCCUGGGGCCAAUGCACGGAAAGAUUUUCAUCAUUAUGAUGAUUAUUUGGCGCGCGGAUAUCUACAUAGAUCUAUUUAUCCAUAUAUACGUUAUGUAUUCGUACAUUAUCACAUUACACAUUUAUUUGGAAAAACCGUAUACGCUGUGUUUUGCAAUUGUUGCACUCCCCCAAUUGGCAUUGUCAAUAUCAGCGAGUUAUCAAUAA